UUUGGCUUCCAAGCUUGGUGGUGGGAAGCCUUUGCAGCUCCUUUCUGUGAGCGCGUGGGCACCACAGGUGUUCAUCAUGGCGAAGCGAUGCAGCACACGAGCAGUAAUUCAGAUCUUCCUUACUGGUAUGUGUUUGGCAACGGCAAUUACAUCCUUUACGUUUGCGUUUGUGUUUGAACAGUUCAUGGAUCAAUUGACGGAAAAUUAUCGGGGCGAAUUGCGCUCGGAGAACCUUCCCUGUCUCAGAAGUACCCUAGAUGACUGCGACAACGCGAGGGAAGACAGAUGUUGGGACUCCUGCUGUCCUCCGGGAUACUUCUGCUCGCGCAAUCCAAUUGUAGGGCUGUAUUGCCAAGAUGGUUUGACAACAUGCGGUGAAUUCAAUUGGUGCCGUGAUUUUGCUGAUAUAUCCCGAACUUGCUCCACGCCCGUCUGCAAAACCAAUCAGAUGGUGACCCGAGUCACAGCCUGGUCAUACAUUCUAGCGGCCAUUGGGAUAUUCUUGGACCUUGUAGACAUCAUCACUAUCUUUACUCUGCCAGACGCAGUUGUUUUCAAAGCCGGAACCAACGUGUUCUCGAGCCUAGUGAAGUGGCUGGCUUUCGGCCUCGUGGUUGGAGCUGGUACUCAGGGCUUCAUGUCAGAGCUCGAGCAGGGCAGAUGUUUCAACAGCGUGGGCAUGCAGCUAGUGGCGGACGCGGGUGGCCUCUUUAUUUCCUAUGCCAUCGUGCAGGUUGUGUCGGCAACACUGUCGUUAGUGCUAGCUCCCUUUUCUGCCUACUUCGGUGGAAAAUUGCAAGGGGGGGAAGUGCCGUACGUCAAGUGAGCCCACCCAUGGCGUCAGUCCAGUCUCACUGAAAUUUGGCAAUGUUCACAACGUGCAGUCAAAUACAGCUGGUUUGGACAGGAGCCAGGCUGCAUGCAUGAUGUGAAUGCUUCUUUUUUUUGUAUCCUGGAAUCCAAGCAAGAAGAAUGAGAAAACACCUGCAGUUGUAUAGUGCUGGUG